AUGGCUGCAAGAUUGGCAACUCAGAGGAAUUUUGUGGCAGUAACGUCGGUUUCUAGUCAGGGAGGCAAUGUGUCUCCUGCAUCUCAAACUGUGACAAUGACAUCUCCCUCCUCAUCCAAUGGCGAAAAUGCCAUUGCGGUGACAUCCGCUGCCACGAGUCCAGGAACAAAUGGUACAACCAUCCCAAUUGCCCUCCAUCAGGUUUUACCUCAGAAAAUUAUCCUGCAAACAACAACAACACCUGGCGGAGUUUCCGUGAUCGAUGUCGUUCCGCUGGAGCAUUCGGAUUCAAGCAAUGAGUCGCCUAUCACUGUGGUGGCGGCUGAUGCUGUUGAGUCCACGAAUGGGACAGCUGUGGUUGCUCCUGGGGCUCAGCAAGUGACUGCCCAGGUGGCUGUCGUGCAGACGCAUAGUCCGAAUGAUUCUGGCCCUCACUACAUCACAGUCACGGCUGAAGGUGCUGUUCGAUCUUAUGCUCCUCUCACAACAGUCGUUUCCUCACAAGAUAAUGUGGCCUCCCAUGGUGCUUAUCAUGUGCAGUAUGUUGAUUCAGAGUUAUAUACGACAACGGGUCAGGGGCAAACGCAAAUGGCCUAUCCGGUUUAUGCUGUAGGUGAUUAUGGAACAGGUGGACAGCAAUACUAUGCAACAGCGACGGGAAAUUAUACGGCGUCGGGAACGACGGCAACAAAUCACUCAUCUUCUGAAUAUAUAGUUCCUGUAGAUGAUUCCCUCCUUAGUUCAACUCAAACCAGAGCUUCACCUCAGACGAUUGCCGCAGAGGUGGCUUACAUUCAGGGACAAUCCAACUCACAAGCCUCCACUGUCAGUUCCGAAACUGAAAAUACACCUAGCUUAUCGCAUGCCACAAGAGUAUCACCCGCAACGGUUGCAUGGUUGGUGGAGAACUAUGAGACAGCCGAAGGUGUGAGUUUACCACGUUCAACACUCUACAAUCACUACAUGAGGCAUUGCAAUGAGAAUAAGUUGGAUGCUGUGAAUGCAGCGAGUUUUGGUAAAUUAAUUAGAUCGGUGUUUACGGGAUUGCGAACACGACGUUUGGGUACACGUGGCAAUUCCAAAUAUCACUACUACGGCAUACGUGUAAAACCGGGUUCAACACUGAUGAGUGCACUGGAUGAGAAGCCACUGAACAAUAAUUCUAGUCAGGCCAAUUCAAUUGGUCAAUCCACUGGGACGCGCAAUGUGAAGAAGUUGGGAGCAAAGCCAGAAACAUACGAAGCCUGUUCGCAGUAUUUGGGUGAUGGAAGUGCAGCUAUACCAGUUUUUCCGGCCAUUGAUACUACCUUCAGUUUUCCGGAAGAGGUCACUUUUGAGGAUGUUGACACCCUCAGAUCCAUCUAUCGGGAACACUGUGAAGCUUUUCUCGAUGCUGUGCUCAAUUUGGAAUUCAGCACAGUUGAGUCACUUUGGAGGGAAUUUUGGCGUGUGCAGGACAACAACAAUGGGGAUGAGUGUGAGGAGGAAAAGUACCUCAGCAAGUCCAAAUUGUACAUUUUAUGCCAAUGUGAACCUGUUCAAAUGUUCAUUAAGCAGGUUGAUUUUGCAUUCUACCAGAACAUGGUGGAUGUUCUCAUUCCUGAUGUUUUGCGUCCAAUUCCAAGUUCACUCACUCAGGCUAUUCGCAAUUUUGCAAAGAAUCUCGAGAGUUGGCUAUCAGCAGCCAUGAGUGAAUGUCCUGAAUCGAUAUUGCAAAUAAAACUCUCAGCAGUAUCGGCAUUUAGUCAAACCCUUCGAAGGUACACAUCCCUCAAUCAUCUGGCUCAGGCAGCUCGAGCUGUUUUGCAGAAUAGCUCACAAAUAGCUCAGAUGCUCAAUGAUCUCAAUCGGGUGGAUUUUCACAAUGUUCAGGAACAAGCUUCGUGGGUGUGUCAAUGCGAUACAGCCACUGUUCAGCGUCUGGAGAAUGAUUUUAAAGCUGCACUGCAACAGCAAAAUACACUGGAACAGUGGGCAUCGUGGUUGCGUCUUGUGGUUGAUUCGGCUUUGGAGGAAUACCGCGGAAAGCCAACAUUUGCCAAGGCAGCUAGACAAUUUCUGCUCAAAUGGAGCUUCUAUAGUUCCAUGGUGAUAAGAGAUCUAACACUGAGGUCAGCUGCAAGUUUUGGCAGUUUUCACCUCAUUCGAUUGCUGUAUGAUGAAUAUAUGUUUUUCAUUGUGGAGCAUAAAGUGGCUCAGGCCACCCAAACUACCCCAAUUGCAGUGAUGAGUGAAGUUGAUCGGCUACCUGAUGAUGAUAUUGGUAUGAUGUUCCCUGCGAAUUAUGAAUGCAAAAUUGAGCCAGAGCCCAAAAGGAUGCGCAGUUAGUUUCAAGCUAAAACCGAUGAAUACCAUAAGAGUGUUAUCAUCCAAAAUAAUUGAUUGUGUCCCAGAAACAGAAGAAUUUUCUCCCAAAAACUCCCACGUAAUAUUUAAAAAAAAUCAAACUAUUCAAUGAUACAAUUGUGCCUGUGUGUAUCAAAAAAAAUAAAGGUUAAUCGUAAAAA